CAGUGCCGCCUGCCACAGCGCUGCCCAGCUCAUCAAUAUUCCUCCCCUCCCUCCGCCUCUCCCUCUUCUCCCCGCUCUGUAAUGAAGAGAGAGGGGAGGAAUAUUGAUGACCUGGGCGGCGCUGCGGCCCUGACGUCAGAGUGCCAGUUAGCCCGGCCGGUGCCAGUUAGCACCUCAUUAGCAUAUCCCGAAAAUAGAAGAUUAGGGCCGAACAGCGCGGCGGAUCGGGACACGGAUUCCUCUGAAUCAUUCACUAUUGCCACAAGCCCCCGAACUGGGUCCAGACGUGGAGAUGCCCUCACAUCCAGUCCUGGGCGAGAUCUUCCUCCCUUUGAAGAUGAGUCUGAAGGCAUACUGGGGGAUGAGGGUCUUCCCGUGGAUGAGGAGGAAGAUGGGGAGGAGCUGAUUGGAGAUGCCAUGGAAAGGGAUUAUCGUCCAAUUUCUGAGCUGGAUGUGUAUGAGGCUGAGGGCUUGGAUGAUGAAGACGUUGAAGAGCUCACUGCCAGUCAGAGAGAUGCAGCUGAACAGGCCAUGAGAAUGAGAGACCGAGAUAUGGGCCGGGAUAUGGGUCGUAUGCGACGAGGUCUACUUUAUGAUAGUGAUGAAGAGGAUGAAGAUCGCCCUGCACGUAAACGUAGACUGGCUGAGCGUGCUGCAGAAGGAGCCCCAGAUGAAGAUGAAGAGAUGAUUGAAAGCAUUGAGAACUUAGAAGAUAUGAAGGGUCACUCAGUAAGAGAGUGGGUGUCAAUGGCUGCAACACGCCUGGAGAUCUACCAUCGGUUCAAAAACUUUCUGAGGACCCAUGUUGAUGAGCAUGGGCACAAUGUCUUCAAAGAAAAGAUUAGCGAUAUGUGCAAAGACAACAAGGAGAGUUUGGUGGUGAACUAUGAAGACCUGGCUGCCCGGGAGCAUGUUUUGGCAUACUUUUUGCCAGAAGCCCCUGCAGAGAUGUUAAAAAUUUUCGAUGAGGCUGCUAAAGAGGUUGUUUUGGUUAUGUACCCAAAGUAUGAUCGCAUUGCCCAUGAAAUCCAUGUCCGCAUCUCUCACCUACCACUAGUAGAAGAGCUUCGAUCUCUUAGGCAGCUACAUCUGAAUCAGCUGAUCCGUACCAGUGGUGUGGUGACCUGCUGUACAGGGGUCCUGCCGCAGCUCAGUAUGGUGAAAUACAACUGUAACAAAUGCAACUUUGUCUUGGGGCCUUUCUUUCAGUCUCAGAACCAAGAGGUUAAGCCAGGAUCCUGUCCCGAGUGUCAGUCGCUGGGACCAUUUGAAAUCAACAUGGAAGAGACUGUGUACCAGAACUACCAGCGUAUCACAAUUCAGGAGAGUCCAGGAAAAGUGGCAGCUGGAAGGCUUCCUCGCUCCAAAGAGGCUAUCCUUCUUGCGGAUUUGGUGGACAGCUGUAAACCAGGGGAUGAAAUUGAGCUCACUGGUGUCUAUCACAACAACUAUGAUGGCUCCCUCAACACUGCCAAUGGUUUCCCAGUUUUUGCCACAGUUAUUCUUGCCAAUCACAUCACUAAGAAAGAUGACAAAGUUGCUGUAGGAGAAUUGACUGAUGAGGAUGUUAAAGCCAUUGUGGCACUUUCCAAAGAUGAGCGAAUUGGAGAAAAGAUUUUUGCUAGCAUUGCUCCAUCUAUUUAUGGACAUGAGGACAUCAAGAGAGGCCUUGCUCUUGCUUUGUUUGGAGGAGAGCCGAAAAACCCAGGCGGUAAGCACAAAGUCCGUGGGGAUAUCAAUGUCUUGCUAUGUGGUGACCCAGGGACAGCUAAAUCUCAGUUUCUUAAGUACGUAGAAAAAGUUUCAAGCAGAGCUGUGUUCACAACUGGCCAAGGUGCAUCAGCUGUGGGUUUGACAGCCUAUGUCCAGCGCCAUCCAGUGACCAGGGAAUGGACGCUAGAAGCAGGAGCUCUUGUCUUGGCUGACAGAGGAGUAUGUCUGAUUGAUGAGUUUGAUAAGAUGAAUGACCAAGACAGAACAAGUAUCCAUGAAGCCAUGGAGCAGCAGAGUAUUUCGAUAUCUAAGGCCGGCAUUGUCACAUCUUUACAGGCUCGCUGCACGAUCAUUGCUGCUGCUAACCCAAUUGGAGGACGUUAUGACCCGUCAUUAACAUUUUCUGAGAAUGUGGAUCUGACUGAGCCCAUUGUGUCUCGAUUUGAUAUUCUGUGUGUGGUGAGAGACACAGUCGACCCUGUUCAGGAUGAAAUGCUGGCAAGGUUUGUGGUCGGUAGCCAUAUUAAGCAUCAUCCAAGCAACAAAGAUGUUGUUAAUGGAGAUUUGGAGCAAAUCAUUCUGCCCAAUACAUUUGGUGUGGAUCCAUUGCCUCAAGAAGUGCUAAAGAAAUACAUCAUAUAUGCCAAAGAAAAGGUCCACCCAAAGCUGAAUCAGAUGGAUCAGGAUAAAGUGGCAAAGAUGUAUAGUGAUCUUAGGAAAGAGUCCAUGGCAACUGGCAGUAUACCAAUUACAGUACGCCACAUUGAAUCAAUGAUCCGUAUGGCAGAGGCACAUGCACGAAUGCAUUUAAGGGAUUAUGUGGUUGAAGAUGAUGUAAAUAUGGCCAUAAGAGUGAUGCUGGAAAGUUUCAUUGACACACAAAAAUUCAGUGUUAUGAGAAGCAUGAGAAAGACAUUUGCCAGAUACCUGGCGUUCAGAAGAGACAAUAAUGAGCUUCUGCUCUUCAUAUUGAAACAAUUGGUGGCGGAACAAGUGACCUACCAGAGGAACAGAUAUGGUGCACAGCAAGACACAAUAGAGGUGUCUGAGAAAGAUCUUGUAGACAAGGCUCGACAGAUCAAUAUCCACAACCUGUCAGCAUUUUACGACAGCGAGUUAUUCAAGUUGAACAGAUUCUCACAUGAUGUGAAGAAGAAACUCAUUAUACAGCAAUUCUGAGCUUCAUGCUCUUCAUGAUAUGACGCGGGACGCAUUGACCUUUUGUCAGCACAUGAGGGAAAAUCUUUUGCCGUGAUUUUGGGCCAAAUUGACUAAGUGCAGUACAUAGGGCGUGAAGUCAGGUUCUGGGUUCUGUAAUGAAGUGACUGAAAUUCCAGUGCCAUGGUAAUAUUGCAUCCUAAAGUCCACUGUCAAACAUGGCACCAAGUUUUUACUACUAGCCUUAAUUGUGGCUUGGCUUUAUUGCUGUGUAUAGAGUCUGGAGCAGUGUAGAAUAUUACACCAUCUGUUCAGUGUGGUUCCCCUUCAAGUGCACAGCCUUAACCAUCUCUGAUUUGAAGUUGCUUCUUGGACAUCAAGCAGUUUGUAUGUUGAGAAGGUUACUUCUACGAGAGUACUUUGUAUAUUUGAAACCAAUGCAACUUGUAAAAAAAAAAAAUUUUUUUUGUAGUAAAAGCUAAUUGUUUUC